GUGAUCAGAGUUUACUUACUCAUUCCAGCGACCUUCAGUGAGAUCCUUUGUUUCUAAAUGAAACUUAUGUAGAGCGUGACGAACCGUCACCAGAGUGGACUUAGCGGAUUUCUCAAAACAAACUCAGAAUGAAAUGAGACACCACAAGUGUUAGUAAAUAGACAAAGCAGGAUUGGGAGAGCGAAAAAAGAUUUCAGGAAGAAAGUCGGAGAGCAAAGGGACAAAAGAAAGGAAGAUGACAGAAGUUGUCGAUACUGACGACAUCCUCAAUGGUAACGUAAGCACGAGUAGAUGCAAUGAAACAACAACGACGACAGCGACGGUAAUACCGACACAAACUACAAUGAACAAUGUACUCAACACUAGUAAACAAACAUCGACUUCAGGUAAAACAACCAGGAGAAACAUGAACAAGCCCAAAGGGACAACUAAGAAUUUAGUGACUACGACUACUGCAACUACAAGUGAAACUUGUGCCAAGACCUUAGGAAAACACAACUUUUAUCUAAAGGACAACCUCGACAUCGUGCGACAGAAGUGCAGCGAGUUUCACGCCUGUACCGUGGAGCUGUAUAAGUCUGAGAACCUUCACCGCAUCCUGGCCGGCGACAACAUUCAGCUCCGUAACAUCUGUGGUCUGUUGUAUCAAAGCACCAACGGCGGCUACAGGGUUCUGGACAACCAGUGUUCAGCUCAGGAGAGAGAAUCCAUCAAGGAAUUACUGGGUGAUGAGGAGUUAUCAUCCUUUCUAGAAGGAAGCAGCCCAGGAGAGGGCAGCUGGGGGAAACUCAAAACCUGUUUAGACAACACCCAAGGCGACAACACAUACCUAGAUAAACUGUGCAGGUUAAAGGGCAACUCCACACUUCCGCUAUGCAACGCAACUGAAGUACAGUCGGAGACAGAGAAUUUCUUCAACACCAAGCUGAGACACCAUCACUGUGUCUGUGACACUGUUACUGAUUUGUCUGCCCCGCCUCUGGCUCUGAUUGGCGGGCUCUGUGGCGGAGCACUGGCGUUCCUGCUCGUCGUCAUCAUCAUCGUCCUCUGUGUACGACAACGAAAACUCAAGCGUCGUCUGUCCACCGUGUCCAAGUGCUCCGACAACAAGAUGUCACCGACCGACGAGACUUCUUUUGUCGACCAGGGUAUCCGCGAUCACUCUAAGACAUGCAACUUAACAUGUCAAGUACCCGAUACCAGGCGGAAUCCACCUGCUAACCAGCCGCCGCGGUUGCCCGAGCGUUACGUCCCUUAUCAACUCCCGGAGACCACCAGCCACAGCGACUACGACGUCCUGCCAGACGUCGCCUGUGUGUUGCCUGAAGACCGCGGCUCUGGGACGUUCGGCGACCAACGUUCUCCACAGGAUAAUCCUGAGCGUGUGGCGCCCUCUAGCGACAGGAAGACGAGACUGUCAGUGAGGCACGAGGGGCCGGCAGGGAUGGAGAUGAAAUCAGAUGGCGGCUACACCCCGCUGGGGCUCACUCCCACUUUGAUGGUCAGACGUCCGUCUGCUGAUUCGGAAGAAGGUGGAAGUCACAACAGUUCUCGCAACCCUUCAUAUUUUGAACUGGAACUUUCUUAACACCAUUAAUGCGAAGUUUUCC